GAAAUCUGCUGGUUUUGGCCUGGAGGGGAAGUGGAGGACAGGUUUGACAACUGUGUGACCUUCAUGAAUCUUCAUGGAGAUGCAAAGGAACAUAAAAGGCAGCUCACUUUUCUGAAGGAGGUCUCUUCUCUCAUUGUGGUCCUCAUGUCAGCUUCUGAUGACAACAAACAAAACCAAAAAAUUGUUCGUGACCUAUGUCAGUCAUCAAGAUCAUUGAUCUGCUUGCUAGAUGACAAAGAAAAAUCCAAACCUAGUAGUUCUGGUACAAGAGUGAAAAUAGGCCUGAGGAACAGAAAUGAGGCAGAAUUGACAAAGGAGCUCACAACUACCAUCAGACGUUUGCUAGAGCUCUCUGACACAGCUCUCAGCCUAGAGGACUGUUCUCAAAUUGCUCGCCAGCAAGGAUUUCUUAUUGAUGAAGACCAGAGAGAUUGUAAGGAGGGCAAAGAAAAGGCACAGAUUAUAAUGGCUCUUUUAAGAGAAACAGAGUUGUCUGAGGUGAAGGAAACCUUCCUACCACUUCAGGGACAACUGUGGCAACUUUGGUGUAGAAAGGACAAAGAACUUUACCAUCUGAGAGAGAAGGGAAAUCGAAGCAUUGAACAACACAAGAGUGAGCUUGAGUCAGAAAAACAAAUAAUUCGGCAACAACAGGUGCAAAGAGCUUUUCCUCUCAAUGAUGUAAUGUUCUCUGUGCUUCAAAUUCUCCACAGCUAUUCAGAAACUCACACCACACUCUACUUCUUGCAAUGGAUGAGUGUGUUUUUAGAUAAGUUGACUGAAGAGCAUUUGGAGAACCUACAUGAAAAAGUAAUUCAUUUAUGGUCAAUUGUGAAAACAGAAAAGCAAAGCUCCCAAAGCAUGAACUCUUUGGAACUCUGCCAAAAGAAGAUUAGUGACUAUACCUUAGGUAUUGAGCAAUUUCUCAGAGAAGUUGGUCAGAUCUAUGAAGCUCUGGAAGAAACUUCCUCCACAAAUGAUAUAGUUUUUCUCUUCCUUCCCCAAAUUGCUGCAGACCUGAUGAUAGCUGGUGUCCCCAUAGAGCUGAUGGAUGGAGAUGCUUCUUAUGUGCCCCUAAAGUGGGUGGCAGCUGUUUUUGACAAGCUCUCUGAGAAACUUGGAGACAAACGGCUCUUUGUUCUCUCUGUCCUUGGCCUGCAGAGCUCUGGGAAGUCCACCCUACUGAAUGCUCUUUUUGGGCUGCAGUUCAGUGUAAGUGCAGGCAGGUGUACUAAAGGGGCCUACAUGCAGCUCCUAAAGGUAGAUGAGACAUCCACAGAGGAACUUGGCUUUGACUUUGUGCUGGUUGUAGACACAGAAGGACUUCGGGCCCCAGAACUCAGCAACAAAUCCCAGAACUGGGACAACGAGUUAGCCACCUUUGUCACUGGGCUUGCAAACUUGACUCUGAUCAAUAUAUUUGGGGAGAAUCCAUCAGAAAUGCAAGAUAUCCUACAGAUAGUAGUCCAAGCCUUUCUGAGGAUGAAACAAGUGAAAAUUUCCCCCAGGUGCAUAUUCAUACAUCAGAAUGUAGGAGAAGUUACAGCUAAAGACCAAACUACAGAAGGACGAAGGCGGUUAGAGCAGAGGCUAGAUGAAAUGACAGCACUGGCUGCUAAACAAGAAGAAUGCUCAGAUGUCACUCACUUCAGUGAUGUCAUCAAUUUUGAUGUCAAUACUCAUGUGUACUACUUUGCUCACCUCUGGGAUGGCAAUCCCCCCAUGGCCCCUCCCAAUCCUCGUUAUAGCCACAAUGUUCAGGAACUGAAAAGUGCAAUUCUUUUAACUGCCAAACAGGAAUCCAGGGGAAGCAUCAUGAAGAUAUCAGAUGUAAACUUCAGAGUUCAAGAUUUGUGGAGAGCCCUGGUAAGUGAGAACUUUAUUUUCAGUUUCAGAAACACCCGAGAGGUCAUGGCCAUGAGCAAACUGGAAACCAUGUAUAACCACUGGACCUGGGAGCUCCGGAGUCACAUGUUGGACUUGCAGAACCAGCUUCACAAUCAGAUUCAGAAUAGGAAAAUUCUGACACUUACAACAAGCAUGAUUGAGUGUCCAGUUACAGAGAAAUAUGAAACCAUCAAGCAAGUACUUGAAAAAUAUUUUACUGAAGACCCAGAGAGAGAGAUACUUGUCCAAUGGAAAGCCUAUUUUGAAAAUAAGCUACUAAUUCUUAAAGAUUCACUUAUUUCAGACACCAAGAGAAAAGCCCAUGAACUUAUUAGUCUCAAAAAAAAUCAAGAACAACUAGAACAGAAGAAGACUGUAUAUGAAAAUGAGUUAUUGAAGAAGAGCCAAAACUUGGCUUUAAGUGUAAAAGGUAAAAUUUUGAGUGAUGAAGAAUUAUAUGAGAAAUUCAGUCAACUUUGGGGAAAAUGGGUUUGUGAAGUGUCCUCAAAUAUCCCUCAAGCCACAGAGCCUAAAAUUGAUGUGGAUGCUGAACACAUCCUUUUGGAACAUUUCAGAAAAGAGAAAAACAUAGUAGAAAAACUAAAGAGAAAUAUUGGAAAGAAUUUUCAGCUAGAUUUUGGAAAACAUGUCAAGAUGUGUAAGGAAUAUUUCUUUCUCACAAAGAGUUUAGAGGACUGUGAUAAAGUGUCCAUUGAUAUGACUACUGAUCGUAUUUUUUCAAGAUUUAAUGAAUAUAUUGAAAGUAUUAUGAAUCAACAACGUGAUUAUGAUCAAAGUGACUUCCAUCAAAUCCUGAGAAUAAUAGAAGAGGAAGGGAAAUCUGAACACACCAAGAAUAGAUAUACAUUUACAAGUGAAUACAACAUUGAAUUAUCUUCAUGUUUAUUUCAAAAAGCAACAAAGGAUUUUAUGGAAAGGCAUUGGGCAUUUAGGAGAGCAAAUGAUCCUGUAAAAUAUCUAGAACAAAAGAAAGACGAUUUUUUCAUGAGUUUCAAGAUCUCCUGCCAAGGUGCAACCUCCAUCACAUGUUUUGUUGAUUUUCUGUGGCAAAAGCUCACUCCUGCGGUCUCUGCUACCAUCCAGGGGAAAAUGGUCCCUAGAAUAGCUGGGGAGAUAAGAGCCUCCUACCCUGCAUUCAAUGGAAACAGGUCUAACCUGGAGAAACACAUUCUCAUCUCUCUAGCAGAAGAAGAAAAUUUUGAAAAUUAUUGGCAAUACAUUCACAAUCCAAAAUCAUUUUGUAGGAGUUACAUUGAGAACUAUACCAAAAAGUACUGUUCAGACAACAGAGAUAAAAAAAUAAAGACUUUAUUCAAAACAAGUCUUGAGGACAUCAAGUAUACCAUCCUCUCUGCCAUUCAUGAAACCACAGCAGUAGCCAAAGACAGAAGCAGCACUGCAUCUGGGUGGCUGGAUUUGUUCUGUGAUCACCUGGGGAACAACUUGAUUUUCCCACGAAGAGACUUGAUAAACAUUGAGCACCAAGAGAUAAAAGAUAUGGAUUUUCUCAAAGAAGCCAUGAGUGCAGGUUUGGAUCCUGCAAUGAAGAAAGUAGAACAGAACUUGUCAAGUGUGCCUAUAGAAGAAAUGGUUCCUGAAAUUGAGAAAAUCCUCUCUGAACAUCUCUGUGGAUGUUGGAAACAGUGUCCCUUAUGUAAUGCAAUUUGUACAAACACAAUUCCUGAACAUGAUGGAGACCACAGUGUUCCAUUUCAUCGUCCUCAGGCUGUCAGUGGAGGCAAGUGGUAUAGAACAGACCACUUUGUCAUUGAUUGUUGUACUAGUUUAGUAGCAAGUGAUUGUUUGCUUGUUUUGAGAGAUGAUUGUAAAAUCCCAUAUAAGAACUAUCGGCAGGCAGGAGGGGAUUAUGCCACAUGGAGCAUCACCCCGGAUUCAUCCACCCAGCCAUAUUGGAAAUGGUUUGUCUGUCAUUUCAGAACAAAAUUGGAAGAAAAAUAUCAGCUAAAAUUUAUAAAUAACGGUCAAAUCCCCUAUGAAUGGAGCAAAAUCACUAAGCAGGAAGUGCUUAAUGACUUGAAAAAAUAAUCUUCAAUGAUCACAUAAAUACCUUAGCAUCUGUACAAAGUCACAGUACCAAGCAACCUCAAAACAUAUCCUCCUUACAACUAGAGCUUUACAUAUUCCACUUUGAAAAGGAAAUGCUUAAAAAGUGAUUAAAUAUCAAUUCAAGAAUUUAAGAGUUCCUGGAAAAAUACUUGAUAUCUCUCUGCCUCAAUUCCAUUUGGAUUAGAAAGAAAUUACUAAAAUAGGAGCAUAUGACAAAAUCCAAAUAUCUAGUUCCUACUUUGAAAUAUUGCUCUACAUAUUUUACAAUAUGUAAUACCUCAGAAAAAAAUCAUAUUCAUAUGGAAAAUUUUAAGUCAUUUCAUGAUACUACAAAUUUAUCUACAGUAACUGAAUGGCUGUUGAACUAAUAUACAUGUCUUGACAAGCAACUACAAAUAAACUUUCUCUAUUUCACUGAA